AUGCAGAAAUUAAUAGAAUCAUGUUGUAAAUAUUGCGGUUCAGAUCAGAUCGAAACCUGCAAACAGCAGGGUGAGCUGGUCUGCCGCAACUGUGGAGCAGUUUUACAGGAAAACAAUGUGAUAGAGGCCGUCCAAUAUGCAGAGAAUCCGGCAGGGAAUUCCACACUUAUCGGUCGGUUUGUACCGACUGGUGGUGGUGGUAUGGGUUCAUUGAAGUAUAGCUCUUCACAGACCCUUGAUCAACUUGUCAAGCGUGGCGAACAGAACAUCCAACGCACGGCGUGUCAUCUGAAUAUAUCAAGUGAACUGGUUACGAAGGCUACAAGGAUAUAUUCACUUGCUGUUCAACGUAACUUUACAAUGGGACGUAAUAAUAAACAUGUCGCCUGUUGUUGCCUAUACACCGCUUGCAGAAGGUUCAAGGCGCCAUAUUUACUCAUAGAUUUCGCUGAUGUGUUACAGGUACCGGUCAAGAUCAUCGGACAGGUUUUUAUGAAACUUGUAAGGAUGUUACACCUUGAGGUACCCAAUGUAGACCCUUCUAUAUUCUUCGAAAGGUUUGCAAAUGAACUUCAAAUAAAAGAAAAAGUUGAUCAAAUCAUAACUACAGGGGUAAGAGUGAUACAGGCAAUGCGUCGUGACUGGCUAUGCACCGGUCGUAGACCUACCGGUCUCUGUGGAGCGGCACUUGUUGUAGCUGCCCGUGUCCACGGGGUACCACUGAACGCUGAAGCUGUGGCCUCAGUGGUACGUAUCUCACACCCAACUAUUAUGAAGAGACUUUCGGAGUUCCGAUCGACAUCUACGGCACGACUACUAACCACUGAGGUAGACACCGUUGACCUGGAAAAACUGCCGGCAAAACAAUACCCACCAUGCAUGGCAUCAAGGAUGCUAGCUAUUGGAAAGAAACCACGUAUCGAAUCAGAUACUGGAUCGACGUGCUCAGAUAAUGCUCGAUCAUCGGCAUCAAGUGGAGAAAUCAGCUCAUUGCCAUCACCGACACAAGUACCAGUACGUGGACAGAUUGAUUUGGACCUACCAAACGAACUGUUGUGUCUUGAUGAGCCUACUGCUAGUGACAUCAACCGUAUCGCAAAAUCUAUUAUUGACGCAGCACCGGAAUUGGGCUUAGUGGUUGAUACUGGAUCUCAAGCUCUCGUACCUACUCAGGCUGUGUCUUCAGGUACCCAGCAGGAUACAACUAUCUCAGUGUAUAAACCACUCUACAAUGAAAGUUUGAGCUCGGAUGAUGAAGAGGACGAGCGUGAGUUCAGCAGGAUGAUUCUUACUCCUGAGGAGAAGGAUGCAAAGACACUGCUUUGGGACGAGGUUACCAAAGAUAUUAUGCCAGAGGUAUGGCGUAGACAGGCUGAAAGGAAGCGUAAAGAAGCUCUGGGUAAGACUGUAAAGAAACGCAAGUACUGCAGAAAAUCAUACGCCGACUACCCAGAGGCACAAAAUGCUGCGCAAUCGGCUCGUAUGGCACUUGAACGUCAUGCGAAAAACUUCUCUAACCGCAUGAACCAAGAGUUCCUGGACUCGAUAUUGGCAUGA